GGUCUUACUGAAGACACCCACGCCCUACAGUCAGCGCAAGGAGUGUUGGAGUGACAACAUUUUGCAUUUGAGACAUCGGAGAACAGAGACGUAUCUUCGCGAAAUAUCUUCCUCUUAGCGUGUCCCGCAGUAACUCCACCCGCGGAAAAUGCUGUAUUUACUCCUCCUAUCCCUGGCGACUUCGCCGCUGGUCUUUGCCGUGGCGGACACCCCGCAGUUUGUUCUCCAACCGCGGGAUACUUCGGCCAUCAGCGGCGAGACGGUCACUCUGUACUGCUCAGUCAGUGGUCAGCAGGGUGGUCAGUUCGUCUGGGUCAAAGACGGUAACGUUAUCACUCGUGGCUUCAGCAUCCUGGUAGCUUCAGACUCCCACCGGUUCUCCAUCGGAAUGACCGGCGUUGGUAGCUACAACUUGGUCAUUUCCCACACGGAGGCAGGUGAUUCGGGUUCUUAUCGAUGUGUGGUGACCACAGGCGGUACAGGUUUGAUCUCCAACACCGCUAACCUGCAGAUAUGGUCCUCACCCACCGUGGAGUAUCCUACCUGCACCGGGGCGGGGUCUGGCGAGGUGGCGGUCGGGGAGACGCUCGCGUUGGCCUGUGAUGUCGAGGGAGGCAACCCGAAGGCUCAACUCUUCCUGAACAGAGGAGACGUUGCCGUUGAGACCAGAGAAACUGCUACGGGAAUUGCAUAUGACUGGACUGUGGCCGAAACUGACGAGUCGGCCGAGUUUAUCUGCAUCGGCACCCAGCGCUUCUGGGCCGAGCCUCGGACCUGCAGAAUGGGUCCAUUCCGUCUGGUUCGCGGCCCACCCGCCGUCAGUCUGGUACCGGCUGAGACCACCAUUCAAGCAGGCCAGUCUGUGUCCUUCCUAUGCAAUGCCGAGUCUGCGCCACGAGCAGCCUACAAGUGGCUGGUAGGCGGUCAAGAGGUGGAUAGCGAGGCGGGCAGUACGGCGCGGAUGACGGUACAGACGAUCGGGAGCAGCAGCGUCCUUCUCGUGAAUGAUGCUGGGAACGAAGUUCAAUCUGUUCAGAUUCUGUGCGUUGUGAAUGCAGCGACGGGCACCAUGUCAGCUCGCGCUGUCAUGCAUGUGGAGCCCGUUUACACUGUCGUCACUGGCCCUCCCCCGACUGGAGAGCCCUCAUCGGCAGAGACCGACCAGGAUGGACAGGGCGCCCCCAACGGUGGCACACCCACUGAAGAAGACGAUGAAGGCCCCAUCAUAGAUGAAGGACCUGAGGACUACCAACCAAGCACUCUGCCCAUGAUCGUUGGUGGCGCUGUGGCAGGAGUUGCCGGCCUGCUGAUCCUCAUCGUUGUCAUCGCGUUGGUUGCUAGGCGUGGACGUGCCUCCAGCACCAACAGAUCCACCGAGAAACUGGCAGAGGGCGCCCCAGAAGACAAUGAUGUCUACUUCCGUAGCCGUUUCGUAGGAAUCGCGCGCUCUUGGCUGUUCCCAGUCCAUCAGGAUACCCAGAAGGGAAUGGCAGCGUCUAUGGCAAGUCAGCCUAAUCAGUCUUAGAUUCUCACCCACCGGAAUCAGAUUUCCUCCCCUUCUAUUAUAUUAACUAAUCACUAUAACACAGCUCAUAAACCACAAGAUUUUUGGUACAUGGAUGAAAAAAUCGCAACAACAUAACGCAACGAACUUCUGGUAUAACAAAUUACCAUCAUCUAAAUCUUGUUUUAUGUAACCUUUUAUAACUUUAAAAAAAUUGUAUAUGUAACCAUUGAUUUUUUUUAAUUUGUAGAAUAGAUUAAGUUAAUUUUGAUGUAGUUAACAAAUCAAGUAAUUUACAUGAAUUGAUCCUUAAAAAUGGACCCCCAAAUGGUUUGUUUGAGUCUUCCGGCAAAGUUGGGCAAUUGUAGAUUUACAACUGUAAAUAACUGCUACAUCGUAUUUAAACAUUCAAGAAAACUGUAGAUCUUAACUUUUAGAUUAAAUUUUUAUAAGGCAAUACAUGUACUUAAUUGACUUUUUAAACCUUCCACGUUUCUUACUCAAUAAGUCCUCGAAUUGGUUUUUGAAACAAGCAGCAGAAAUACGACCCAAAUCCUGGAUAUUCCCAUGGCAAGUAUGAUGUCACUUCCUAAACAUGGUGUCUUGCACCUCGUGUCUUCCGGUGUGUAAACUUAGUGACUGGGAAAAGUCGGGUACCGCAGGGAACACUCGAAGAUCUCGUUCUG